AGGUCAUACCGACGAACUGGGAUGGUUUUCCACUUCACUUCCAGCCCCUGCGAUGCAGCGCCAGAGGGCUACCUCUUGUACAUGGGGAAGGAUAAGUAUGAAAAUGAUGACCUCAUCAAGUUUGCCUGGCCGGAGGACGUCUGGUAUCACGUCGACAAGGAGUCUUCAGCACACGUCUACAUUCGCCUUCCAAGAGGUAGCCACCUGGCAGGAAAAGAAUGGUACAAGAACAUCGAUCCCAAAGUUGUCGAGGAGUGCUGUCAGCUGGUGAAAGCAAACUCAAUCAAGGGAAACAAGCUUGACAACAUCACUGUGGUCUUCACUCCUGCCAGCAACCUGAGGAAGAGUCAGGGGAUGGACACAGGACAGGUUGGCUUUCAUGAUCAAAACAUGGUGUUCAAGGAGAAGGUUCAGACCCGGAAAAAUGAGAUAGUGAACCGGCUAGAGAAAACGAAGAAAUGGGUUGAGGUUGACCUCGAGGCUGAUCUCAUGAAGCGACAGAAGGAGGAUAAGGCAGAGGCAGCCCGUAUCGCCG